AUGCCAACCAUGGCCCACCUCCCACGGUUCAGGCGGGCCAAAAAGGAGCUGCCUGCUGGUCCCCCGCUAAUAACCAACGGUCUUGCUGGACCUAGCAGCAGCAACAACAACUCGACGACUGAUCCAACCGGAAAGAUCACCCCUCCACCUGGCGAUCUUCCUCUGCCGGUGCCCGAGUCGCCGCUGAGACCGUUUGGCGGGAAGCUCAGCCCUUUUAGUCGGGUUUUCCACCGGUCGCAGAAGCGGGCGCGCGAUUCGCCUCCCGCGUCGAUGCCGCAUUCACCUUUGGCGACUGCGCCGGUUGCUGGUUCGGUUGAUGGCAGGCCGGUGUCACCUUUGAGUUUGAAGAUGGAUACGAGUGGGCUACAGACGGCUGGGGAGAAUAAUGGGGAGAGUGGACAGCAGUUGCUGCAGGUACCACAACAACAACCACAACAACAACAACAGCAACAACUGAAGGAGAAGCCAUCAUCAUCAUCAUUAUCAUCAUCCUCAUUGUUGCGAGCACCAAAGCAGGUGAAGAUGCCCGCGUUUCUGGAAUCAAACGAGAUAGACAUCGAAUUCAAAUUCGGCGAACUAGUCUGGCUCGAAAGAAUGCGCAUCCAACAAGGCCUCGAAAACGAAAACUCGUCCAGCUUCUCCCCCGACUUCCGCUGGGCUCGCGUGAAAGGGCCCCAUCUCCGAAAACUGGACAGGUACAUGAACAUCCAACCCUGGCACAACCACCGGAUCAAGCUCCAGGUCCCAGAAGGAAAACUCGACUACGUCAACGCCUCCCCCAUCGUCCUGCACCCUUUCCCCAUCAGCGGCCGGCCGAGAGAACCAGACCGGUACAUCGCCAUGCAGGGUCCAAAGCAAAACUCGAUGGACCACGUCUGGAGGAUGGUGGUGGAACAGGUCGAAUCGCCGGGUGUGAUUGUCAUGUUGACCGAGACACACGAGGGGCACAUGGAGAAGUGUUUUCCUUACUUUCCACGGAGCCAGGAAGACCCCCCACUUGAGAUCAACGAGAGGGAUGAGUUUGGGGAUGGGUUCAGGGCGACGGUCCGGUGCGACGGGUUGGAGCCCACCCCGGCAGGGGACGCGAUUGAGCUACGCAAGCUGGUCAUUACAAUCCAUUCCCGCGGCGGUGGCGGCGGGGGACAAAACAGGAAGAAAUCCCGCUCUCCGGUUCGGCUUUUCACCAACGGACGGGAUAAAACUCCUGAACCGAGCUCUGCGGCGACGAGGGAAACGGAGAGGGAUGCGGAUAUGGACGUCAAGAUGAAGUCUCCUGGUGCUGCCACCUCGUCGUCUGGCACGCUCGAGGUUCCUGUUUUGGAGGAGGAUUAUGUCCCCUCACCUACUGAAUCGAGUGUGUCGAGUGGUGGUGGGGGGGGGGGGCCAGUGGAGGAAAAGAUUCUCUGGCACUUUCUCUAUAAAAAGUGGCCGGAUUUUGGCGUCCCGGCGAUGGAGGACUUGGACUCUUUUUUUACGCUGAUGGGCUUGUCGAGGGAGAAGAAUGCGGGGCCGCAUAAUCCGAGGAUUGUGCACUGCUCUGCUGGGGUGGGGAGGUCGGGGACGUUUAUCGCGCUGGAGCAUUUGAUGAGGGAGUUGGAGGCUGGGGUGUUGGAGCGGUGGGAUGAGAUGGUUGCUACUGCGAACAACUCGAGGCGCGGGUCGGUCAGUGAAAGAGGGGGGAAGAGGGAAGGGGGGGAGUGGGAUAGGGAUAGGGAUGGGGAGGGUGAGGGGAGCGAGGGGGGGAGUAGUGAGACUGGGGGGAUGGUGCUGGGGGAGGAUUUGAUUUUCGACACGGUGAAUCAGUUGAGGGAGCAAAGGAAGAUGAUGGUGCAGGCGGAGGGGCAGUAUCAGUUUAUUUAUGGGGUGCUGAGGAAGUUGUGGGUGGAGAGGUAUGGUGGUGGUGGUGGUGGUGGUGGUGGUGGAGAGGUUGUUGUUGGGUUGAGAGGGGGGGAGGGACAGGGACGAGAAGAGGAGGUGGAGGUGGAGGAGGUGAAAGAUGAUCAUAGGGAGGGGGAGCCGGCGAAGAAGAGGGUGGAGGUUGAGUUUGAGAAGAGUGAGGGGAGGGAUCCUUUUGCUUGA